AUGGACGGUCACUACCGCAAAAAUGCAAAAUCCAUCGAAGGCAUGAUUCGGCGCGCUUCUACGAAAGAGAAAGCCGCGGUCGCGUGCUCGGUGGUCACACUGAUCCUCCUCGCGAUGCGCUUCUUCAUCACCGAUCACGACGUGCUCUUCUUGCUCGCCGAGUUCGUGCACUUCGUCGGAAUCGGGUUUCUGGCGUACAAGCUGCUGAAACAUAAAAACUGCACCGGAUUGAGCCUGAAGACGCAGCAGUUGACGGCGGCAUUCCUUGCGAUUCGGUUGUAUUGUUCGUUGAUGAUGGAGUACGACUGGCACACGCUGUUGGACGCGUUGACGUUGGCGGCGACGAUAUGGGUGUGUAAGAUGAUGAAGACGAGCGUGCGGACGACGUAUAAUGAAAAUUUAGAUCCAACGCCGCUGGCGAUCAUCGUCGGGCCGUGCGUGGUGUUGGCGGUGUUCGCGCACCCGACGACGCGACACUGGUGGAUUAAUCGCGUGGCGUGGGCGACGUGCGUGUACUUGGAGGCGAUCAGCGUGCUCCCGCAGUUACAGAUGAUGCAAAAGGCGAGGGUAGUGGAGAGGUUUACGGCGAAUUACGUGUUCGCGUUAGGCGUGGCGCGAUUUUUGUCGUGCGCGCACUGGAUUUUGCAAGUGUUUGACGGGAAAUCAUACUUGCAGACGGCGCUCGGCAAAGGGAUCUGGCCGGUGAUGGUGUUGGUCAGCGAGAUCGUGCAGACGGGAAUUUUAGCUGAUUUCUGUUACUACUACGUCUUGUCUUUUGCGCAGGGAGACGCCAACGUCCACCUUCCUGUGUGA